UUUGUUGUUGUUGCAUUUUAGCUAAUCCUAACAAUUUUCUAACCAAAUUCUCCUAACCUUCGACAUUUAACAGGCUACGUAAUUUCUCAUAAACCGGCUUCGAAAAGUAAAUUCUAACAAAUGCUGGAUCCCUUCUAUCCAUGACCACGAACAAGAGCUACGUUCACAACUCCCCAAUGUUUUUUAACAGUAUUUUGUAACACAUUUCAUGGAGAAGUUUUCAAAUAUAUGUUCACCUCUUCCCUAAAUUGAUUGUGUUGAGGCGAGUUAUAUUGUUCUAACGAUCAGGGUGGAAGCAUGGCUUCUCGUGGCAAAUCAGAAACUGGGAAACUAAAACAAAACAUGGAGGAGCAACUGGACAGAUUGAUGCAACAGCUCCAAGAUUUGGAAGAGUGCAGAGAAGACCUAGAAGAGGAGGAGUAUGAGGAGACCAAGAAGGAAACCCUGGAGCAGUUGAAUGAGUUCAAUGAGUCUCUGAAGAAGAUGGUGACAGGCAACAUGACACUGGUGGAUGAGCUUGGAGGAAUGCAACUGGCAAUCCAGGCUGCCAUCAGCCAAGCUUUCAAGACCCCCGAGGUGAUCCGAAUGUUUGCCAAGAAGCAACCGGGGCAGUUGAGAACCAGAUUAGCAGAGAUGGACCGUGAUGUCAUGGUGGGAAAACUUUCGAGGGAUGUGUACACUCAGCAGAAGGUGGAGAUCCUCACUGCCUUGAGAAAACUGGGCGAGAAGCUUACAGUCGAAGACGAGACUUUUCUGGCUGAAAAUGUGACCGCAACUCUCAGCCAAUUUGAAAAAAUCACUGCAGACCUCGGAUCAGAAGACAAGAUAAUGGCUUUAGCUAGUUCUGGUGUGGAGAAAACCAAGGUAUAGAGGGUAAUCAGGUGUUGUCCAAUGUCUAUGUUGUUGUUUAACAUCAAGUGUUUCCACCCAAUAACAGUGCCAUAAUAUUGAUAAUGUAAAUCAAUCAUGCACUUAGACCGUACUUGCUUUUAAAGAGUAAAGUUCAACUUUUGUACAUUUUUUUUUCUGAUUGUAAAACUUGGUAUGCAUUUGGUACUAGAGUAUUUGAGUAGAGUAGUCUAUUUAUAAUUUGAACAGUUCGACAGUCCAUCGGUCAUCCUUUUUGUUAAGUGUGGCUCAGACAUUUUGAAGGCUUUAAAUUCAGUUUUCAUACGGAUAAAUCAUUUUGUUUUAGCUCUUGGAUUGAAUUAUUUUUCCUGCAUAACUGUUCAUGUCAAAAUAAAUAAAUGAAUCAUUGCAGUGUUAAAUAUGCAACGCUGGGCUUAAAUAUGAUUGCAUAACACACCAACUUGAACCAGCUCUGAUUCUUAAUUGAGAAGAGCCUGAAAAUGUCAGUGUACAUGCAUCAUUUUGGAUGUGUGGUAUGUUUGUCUGACUACAAAGUACUUCCUAAAAAUGUAGUCAGUAGUAUAAGUUUCUCUGAUUUUUGUAUUCCUAAUAUAAAGUUACAUUUCUCAA